GACAACCAGAUGUUCUUCAUCGUUUCCGGUUAAUUGGCGUCAACUGAGAAGUCGACCAUGAGCAACGACCAUUACUCGUCCGUCGAGAUCCCCGUGAUCGCCGUUUCCCGGCAACGGCCAGCUUCUUCCGAUAACCGUGCCCUUUCUUCUAAUAACCGCGGGACAGGGAACUCCUUUUUCCCUCGUAGCUGGCCAUACCAACAAGAAAUAAUGAUGGAUCCUUGGAGUCUGUUUGAGGAAAGGGUGAGAACCGGCCCGUUCGGCUUAACAGGCUUUCCUUCUCAUCCUCAUUCACCAGUCUACAUCCUCACCAUAGGAGAUCCGACAGCAGAGGAUUUGAACCCGAGGCUCUUAAACUUUGUUAGGGAGUCCCAACCAAGAGCACUCGCAGAACACUGGCACCUCACUUUGCCCACGGAAAGACCCGUCGGAACCCUAAGGGAGUCCCAACCAAGAGCACUCGCAGAACACUGGCACCUCACUUUGCCCACGGAAAGACCCGUCGCAACCCUAACCCAGGGAGAGUUCAACAAUGUAAUGAAGAAGAUGAAGAAGAAAGUGUACAAGCCCAAGUCAACCGGCAUGUUCUUUAAGAGUAGCAGCAAGCGCAAGAAGGACGACAACAUUGAAGAUGAAGAGUGCACCAUCUGCCUAGAGAAGUUUGUGCCUGGGGAAGAUGUGCUCAUCACUCCCUGCAACCACAUGUUUCAUGGCGACUGCUUGCAGCCGUGGGUGAGAAGCCACGGAAAAUGCCCCGUUUGCCGUCUGGCAUUCUCCGAGCGCAGCGAAGAACUAUCGGUCGCAAAUGCACAUAUGGGCGACGCAGACAGUGACAGCAUCCUGCCACUAAUAAGGGCCAUGGAGGAGGCCUUCAGCUGGAUAAACCGUCGCUAUUGAUGAAUAUGUGUAGCUGAAUACGAUGGAAGGCAAUCUUCUUUUAUAUAUAUAUAUAUAUAUAUAUCAUGAUUUCAUAUGAAGCUGGCAAUGAACAGAUUACUUAGCUUUUGAUUCCA